GACGCUGUGUGGCUGCAUCAGCGCACGGUUGCAACGCGACAGACGUCUUUUCUCCGUUAUUUUAUCACAGCGGGUCUAAAGUACGCUCCACAAUGGAGACUAAACCGGUCAUCACCUGCCUUAAAACCCUCCUCAUCGUAUACUCCUUCGUGUUUUGGAUAACAGGAGCCAUCCUGCUGGCAGUGGGAGUAUGGGGGAAGUUGAUGCUGGGCCCGUACAUCUCUCUGAUAGCCGACAACUCCACCAACGCCCCGUACGUCCUCAUCGGCACCGGGACCAUCAUCAUCGUUUUUGGCCUGUUUGGAUGCUUCGCCACCUGCAGGGGAAGCCCAUGGAUGCUGAAGCUGUACGCCAUGUUCCUGUCGCUCGUCUUCCUCGCCGAGUUAGUGGCCGGGAUCUCUGGAUUUGUGUUUCGCCAUGAGAUAAAGGGAACUUUUCACAGGACAUACACUGACGCGGUUCUGAACUACAACGCUGAGGAUGAGGCGAGCCGUGCUGUUGAUAACUUGCAGCACAGGCUGCGCUGCUGUGGUGUGUAUAACUACACCAGUUGGUUUGGCAGUGUGUAUUACCCAUCCAACGGCAUUCCUGCCAGCUGCUGCUUUAACUCCUCUGACUGCAACCCAGAUGAACUCCGCAAUGCAACUCUAGCCCCGAGCAAGGUCUUCCACCAGGGCUGCUACGAGCUGGUCACUUCCUUCAUGGAAACCAACAUGGCCAUUAUUGCAGGAGUGACGUUUGGGAUUGCUUUCUCACAGCUGAUUGGCAUGCUGCUGGCCUGCUGUCUGUCCAGGAUCAUCACAGCCAAUCAGUAUGAGAUGGUUUAGCUGAUGUGACGCGGCAGGGAGAUGAAGAGAAGAAGAGACAAAGAGCCUUGACACAUGACGAGAGUAAAUUCCCGAAACACUAUCACACACCUGAAUUGGAAUUUACCUCCCUCCGUCUCUCUCUGCCUGUGAUCUUAAUGUAAUAUCUUAAUGUAUCUUACUGUAAAGCACCAUUCCUCGACUCACUGCUGUUGCAUCAGAGCGUUCUAUACCACACAUCCCACCGCUGCUUGAUCUAGAAGUUGCUCAUUCGCACAUAUCUCGGAUCAGUACAGCCUACAACAAGCAGGUAGACCUCGGUUGUCUGAGUUGGCGGCGUUGUUGGUCUCAGAUUGGCGAUUGGGUGAAACUUAGGCUUCUCAGUUGGCGGCAGCAUGCUCCACCGACCGCCAUCAGAAGACCACUGCACAUGUUUGUACAGAAUUACAUUACUAAAGCUUGAAAGUAAUACUUUAAUGGAUAUGUUUAGUUUUGCAUUUGACUUUGCUAUUGCUCUCCAUUGUAUGUUCCUUUGGCUGGGACAUUUUGUGAUCUGAUCAUGUGUACUGAGGAGGAUAUUUUAAGUUUAUAUGAAAAACAAGAAAACUGACAAAGGCGAGAAAAGGAAGAAUUGUAUUAGCGUAUUUUUACCUGUAGACGAGGCACAAUAGUUUUUUGACCUGAUAAUUUAACCUAAAAGCAGAUUGUGAUGUAAAUGACAUGUUGAAAUUGUAAUUCAGUAUCAGUUAAAGCUUUACCGUCAAACUCCACAAGCAACUUAAAAUAACGCUUAACUUUGCCCUAAUUUACCGCUCCUACAUACACUUAUGAUACUUAAUGUGACUCAAUUGGUUUUUAGCAGGAGAAAGUCAGCUGUGGAACAAAUCUGUUGCAAUGUAGACUGAAGGACACACCAAAAAGUGAUGUCAUACUUCUCUAUGACGCUAAAUGGCAAUAAGUUUAAGGGAUGACAAAAUAAAGGAAUGAGAUGCAAUGAAUCAUUCAAAUGGGGAUAACAGCGCUUUCUCUUCUCCGAGGCAUUUGUAGUGCCACGGCCGAUUUUGUCAGAUGAAAAGUGACUGGAUUCUUCUGCGUGAAUAAUAAAGAAGAGCGAUUUUGAGAGAGAGAAGUUAAAAUCCUGCCAGCUUUCACACCUCCACACACCUGGCCAAUCUGUGCGUGACGUGUGCUGCGCGACGAUCCAACAAGCACGUCAUCUGAAGCACACUGACACCUUAGUAAUGUGUCCGUACUCGUCUUUCUGGUUUAUGUCAAAGUAACCGACUAAAUUCCUAAAUGUCAAGAUUUAGCUUGAAAUAGCAACUUAACUCCGGCUGAAUUGUAUUUGCCGACCUCUAAUAGUUAAAGUUUACAAACUUUUCAACCAGGAGAAGUCGGUGAAGCAGAUUUUCAGCCUGUUAGGUUCAUAUCAAAUCAUAUCAAUUGUUUUCUCCCUGUGGAAUAUAUUAACAUAAUGUAACGCCAGCUGUGUGUUACAGAGACGUCCACAUCAGAGAUACGCAGGACUCUUAUCAACAGUGUUCAUCUGGUAUUCACAGUAUUCUAUGUAGUGCAUCAACAUCGUCAUCACCUGUAGAUAUUUAUCGGAAAUGUAAUUUAUAUGAUGUAAUGUUUCUCAUUCUAAUAUGCUAAUCCGUAUCAAUGUUGUGUCACAGUUUUGAUUCCACACUUUGUGCUGUUGAUCUGUAUUUGUUUGAUAGGAAACUCGCACUGGAAAAAUAAUUGUGGCCAAUGUUUUGUUGAGAGUAACGUGCAACAUGUAGGUGUUUCAAUUUAGCUAUAUAUUUAUUAUAGUUUAGUUGGCAUACAGUUUCACCAAGUGAUUUGCUAUCUCUCUUUCAGUAUGUGUGUGAGUGCUUUUUGUUUCUUUAUUUGUGUGUGUGUGUGUGUGUGUGUGUGUGUGUGUGUGUGUGUGUGAGAGAGAGAGAGAGAGAGCGUCUAUAUUUUGUGGAUCCUGUUGUAUUCAAUUUUGGUCAGUAUUUGAUUGUGGCUUUUCAAACCUUAUUGCUUUUUAAAGCUGAACAUUUAUUUCGUGAAUGUAUGUUUUACAACACUCUGAAUUGACACUUACUUUGUUCCUUCCCAAAACUGAUAUUGUCCUGUAAAUACUAAGUUGUAAUACCAUCCUGCUUACACAUGGGGUCACCAGACACUCAAAAGAAAAUUGCACCAUGAUGUCUACUAUUGACUAAGUCACCAUUAGUGGUCUUAUUAUCAAUAAAUAUACAGAAUAACAA